AUGGCGCCGCAGCAGGCUCAACCAUCAGCUCCCACCAGUCGACAGCCAGCGCCUACCGAUGACGUUCCGGUAGGCCCUCCGUCGGGCCUUUCCGCGAUACCUUCGCAGUACAACUCGGAACAGGGACUCCGGCAGAGCAUGAAGCAGAUAGCCUACGAUGAGGCGCGGGAAGAUGGCUAUCGACUGAAGGGCAUUCAACUUAUUGACGGCGUCCGACAAGGCCUGCAAUUACCGGUCAAGACGUUUGACACGGCGGCGAUAUACUACCACAAGUUCCGAGUACGGUUCCCUAGCAACGAAUAUAAUUAUGAGGACGUUGCACUGGCGGCCUUGUUUGUCGCCUGCAAGGCUGAAGACACCAUCAAGAAGUCGAAGGAGAUUCUCUGCGCGGCGCACAAUCUCAGGCAACCUCACGACCACAAAACGCCAGAUGACAAGAUUUUCGAGGCUCCAUCUCGUUUCACCGUCGGGCUGGAGCGGCACAUUCUGGAAACGAUCGGGUUUGACUUCCGGGUCCAGUACCCCCAGAAGCUCCUUACGAAGAUGGUCAGGAAAAUGUUCCCGCGUGGGAGCAAUGCGGCCCGAGAGGAGGGAAACAGAUUUCUCCGCAUCGCUUAUAAUAUGUCGAUCGACCUUUACAAGACCUUUGCGCCCAUCAAACAAGCCACCUUCACCCUGGUACUCGCCAUCCUCGAGCUCACAUCCCUUCUUCUGGACACCGACCCGCAAAAGAUGAAAGAGUUUAAAAGCCCCGCCGCCUGGCACACCCAGAGAGCGUGCGUGCUCGAGACCAUGUUGGAUUUGCUGGAUUUGUAUACGCAGUUCCCAAAGUCCACCAAGAUUGGUCCUCAACUUGCCGUUCAGAAGGUCAUGGAUGUCAAGAUUGACAUCAACAACAUCGUGGCCAAGGAGAAGCAUCGCCGCUACCACGGGUGGUGCGAUCGAUGCGCGCCGGACGUGGUAGAUACCCGGUCUGUCACGCCCGGCUCGGCCACCUCACCGGCAACAAACCCUUCACUGCCGGGGAGUGGGUCAACGAAGCGCAAGAGAGCGCCCAGCGAAGGGACGCAGCGGUUUGUCUUCGAUGCCGACGAAGCGCGCAAGGAAAAGGACCUUGUCAGUCGCCACUUCAACGACGAGUAUGAGGAACAGGAGGUCGAGGUCGAAGAGACGAUCCGGGAGCCAGAGCCACGCCAUCCAGGCCGAAGCAACCACUCAUAUCGCGGCCACGGCCACAACCAAGCAGAUUACGGGUGGCCCAGUCACCAUCGGAGUAGUAGGCAUGGGCACCCGAGUGAUCGGCAUAGAAGUCGACGUGGGCAUGGCUAUUGA